UUGUAUAUGAGCACAGGUCAAGAUUAGAAAAGUCAUUACAAAAGGAAAGGCUUGAACAUAAGAAAGCGAAAGAAGAUUUUCUUGUUUAUAAACUAGAAGCACAGGAAACACUAAAUAAAGGAAGGCAAGACUCCAACAGCCGGUACAGCGCACUGAGCGUACAGCACCAGAUGCUGAAGAGUCAACACGAAGAACUGAAGAAACAGCAUGCUGACCUUGAGGAAGAUCACCGAAAACAAGGAGAAGAGUUCAGCAGAACGUUCAGCGAUCAUUUGGAAAAAGAGCAGGAGAUCUCUAAGCUGAAGGAAUCCCUGUACAACUUGCGGGAGGAGAACAGACAGCUGAGAAAAGCUCACCAAGACAUUCACACCCAGCUACAAGAUGUCAAGCAACAGCAUAAGAACUUACUCUCCCAACACAACCAGCUUGUAGUGACACUGGAAGACCACAAGAGUGCACUAGCUGCUGCACAGUCCCAGGUGGAAGAGUACAAACAGCUGAAGGACACGCUCAACAAAAUGCCAAGUUUCCGCCAGCCUGAGCAGUUAGAACGACAGAAUGAGCGAGCCGAGGGGCGAGCGCCGUCUCCCCGCAGUGACCCCACGCUGCGCCCUGAUGCCGAAGAGCAGGAGGAGAAUGAGAAGCCAAAGGAGAGAGAAGAAAUAAAUACCCAGGAGAAAGAAGACAGAGCUGAGCCUUCUCAUCUGCAAAGAAGGGCUCACGAGGGCCAGCACGCCAAAGAGCUCAACAUCCAGGAGCAACAAGAAGCUGGAGAGGAUGAUGAGCAGCGAGUUGAUCAGGUUGAAGAGGAACGCAAAAAAGAACUUGAAGAAGAAGAAAUGGAGCAGGCAGGUCAGCCUGAGCACUUGGAGGAGGAACAGGAUCAAGUACCUCAGGAAUGGAAAAAACAGGAGCAGAAGGAAGAAGAAACCAACAUGUUGGGCGAUCGUCUUCAUUCAGAGAUGACAUCGACAAAAGCUGUACCAACACGGCAUAAGGCAGCUUACGAACAGCAACUGGAGCAGCAACAUCUCGCGGCCCGAAGAGCAGAGGAAGCCAACCAGCUACAGGAACAUCAGGAGUCGCUACAGCAGCAAAGACUGCGAGGACAGCUCCUACGGCAGCAGCAGCCUCCAGAGAAAGAGCUUCAGCUGCAGAAACAGGCAGAGCCAGGAGAAAAGCUCUACACCAACCGGCUCAGCCACCAGGCUCAUUACGAUAACGUGGACCACGAUAUUGUACAAGGGGAAGAAGAGCAAGGCGUUCAGGAAGAGGAAGGAGCUUACGGACGCGACAACCAGCAGCAGGAUGGAGGGGAAGAUGAGGAUCAGAAUAACGCAAAUGAGCAGCAAGGCCCAGAACCCCAAGCAGAAGGUCAGCAGGCGGAUGAAUCGAAGGCAGCUGCGGAAGACGUGAACCCUGCUGAUGACCCCAACAAUCAGGGAGAAGAUGAGUUUGAGGAAGCUGAGCAAGAGCGAGAAGAAAAUCUACCGGAGGAAGAUGAAAAGCAGAAGCAAACCAGUCGGAAGCAAGGACACCCGGGGAUGGAAGAGAACCUGGUGAUGGCAGGAAAUCCCGACCAGCAGGAAGAUAACGUGGAUGAGCAAUACCAGGAGGAAGGAGAAGAGGAGAUCCAGGACGAUGCGACGGAAGAGAAGAGACGAGACCUGGAACGCAACGCCGAAGAGCCGUACGGUGAAAACGACGAAAACGCCAACGAGAAGAACGACAGAGGGGCAGAGGGAGAGCAGGAGGCGCGAGGAGAGAACGACCGCAAGGCAGCUCAGGACGAAAACUCUGAGGAGGAAGAGGAGGAGGAGGAGGAGGGAGGCAGAGCCGUUGCGGCAAAGACUCGCCGACGAGGGGAGAUGUAG